AUGUUGCUAAAUAACACAGACCUUUACAGCAAUGACUCAUUUUCCUGUGCCUCACCAUCAGUGGAAGGCUACCGUUACUUUGGCGUGCUGUGGGGAUCCAUCGUGACUAUAGUAGGAACAAUAGGCAAUGUUUUGACUGUUCUUGCCUUUGCCACUGAUGUCCGUCUGAGAACACGCUUUAAUGUCCUAAUUGUAAACCUGGCUCUGGCUGAUAUCCUAUACUGCACCAUUCUGCAGCCGGUCAGCGUGGACUCCUACCUGCAUUUGCGAUGGAGGGGCGGGGCUACCUGGUGUCAGAUGUUUGGGCUUCUCCUUUUCUUGUCAAACAGCGUGUCCAUAAUCACACUGUGUCUGAUUGCAGCAAGCCGCUACAUGGUCGUCGCUCAUCGUACUUCGCGAGUGGCCAGUCUUUUGCUGUCUCGUCGUGGUGUAGCUGUGCUUCUCAUCAGCUCUUGGGCACUGGGGCUGGCCAGUUUUGCCCCUUUAUGGCCUGUGUAUGUGUUUGCACCACAGGUCUGCACCUGUAGCUUCCACCGCAUUAAAGGCCGCCCCUACACCACUGUGCUUCUUUUUGUUUACUUCUUCCUCGGGCUAGGCUUUGUGGGACUUUUCUACUUGCUUAUCUACCGCAAGGUGCGAGUGGCUUCUAAGGCGCUGAUCAAAUACAGGCCAAGCCAACGCUCAUCAAGACGCAAGCAGGUUGAAGCUGAAGGAACAGACGGUGAUGACAGUGGUAUUGUAAUCGGGACUGCCGCAACUCAAAGCACUGAAGUUAGUGAACAAGCACCAGAGAUAGACAACAUCGAGGCCAGUGUAAAUGAACAGUCUCAGACAGAUUCCACCAACACCCCAGCCACUCAGCAGACCAAGUUUAUAAGUAAGGAAGCAUCAGAUGGAUCGAGGGAUUCACCUAAAGUUACUGCUCCCGCUUCAAGUAAAGCUUCAAAACCAGCAUCUAGUUCAGGUGAAGACAACGAGUUUAAACGUGUAACCCGGAUGUGUUUCACUGUAUUUCUGUGCUUCGUUGGGUGCUUUGCACCUUUUCUGCUCCUGAACAUAGCGGACAAGAAAAGCCGAGCUCCACAGGUGGUCCAUAUGUUCUGUGCUAAUCUCACAUGGCUUAACAGUUGCAUCAACCCCUUGCUGUACGCAGCAAUGAACCGCCAAUUUAGUCAGGCCUACCAAGACCUGCUGUCCAGAGCUUUAUGGCCAGUAACACACUUAUGGAGAAGAAAAUGAUAACUGGACAAUUAGUUAAUGCAGCAUAAUUCUGGA